AUUGGAUUCAGAAUGCUGGCUUUGUUACUGAAUAAUUUUGUUUACAUUUCUGUAUUUUUGACAUUAAAUUCAGUCCAAAAUUCAGAAAAGAUAGUUGAUGUCAAUGAGAGGAAAACCAAGAAGUAAUAAAUAGUAUCUACCUCAGAGUGACUACUUUUUAAAAUUUUAUGUUUAAUUAGUGUACUUUGGUUGAUCCCCACCCCAGGUAUCUGCCUGCCCAAGCUUUCCUGAUGUUUUCUGUCCACAAGACUCUCCUUGUGUGCUUCUUUUAACCUUUUCACUUCCCUUCCUUACACCUUUUCUGCCUCUUGGGACCUUGUCUUAGUUUCUUUUUGUGCUGUGAUGAAAUACUGUAACAAAAACAAUUUAGGUCAAGAAAGGUCUACUGAGCUCACUGUUGAGGCUCUAGUCUACCAUGUGGAAGUCAUAGCAGCAAGGGUGUGAGGGAGCUGGUCACACUGCAUCCACUGUCAAGCAGGAGGCAAACAAUGCUUAUGUACUCAGCUAACCUUUUAAAGUCACAGCUUAAUUUGUGUAUGUGUGCAGACAGCUUUGUGUCACUGUGUGGUGGUCAGUGAGCAACUUAAGAGUUGGCCCUCUCUCUUCCUUCUAUGGAUUCUGGGGAACAAACUCAGGUCAUUAAGUUUAGAAGCAAGUACCUAUGCCUACUGAGGCAGUUUUCCAGUUCACCUUUUUGUAUGGUCCAGGAUUCUAGCCCAAGGAAUGACCUACCACUCAAUGAGGAUCAAGAUAAUUCCUCAGUUGUGCCCAGAAGCCCAUCUCCCAAAUGACUAUAGAUCUUUUCAAGUUCACAACAGCAUCACAGACCCCUGUCCAAUUCAUGACACAUGCCUCAUCCCUAGUAAACGUAAGUAUAAAUUAGAAGCAGUUCUUUUAAGAGAGGACGUUUGGUAUUUGUUUUUCUGAAGUUGGGGUACUUAAUACUUCACAUUCCAUACAUAUUCCUAUAACUUCAUUUUUCUUUUUGAUGGGAUAUGAUGGUGUUUAUGUACCACAUUUUCUUUAUCUGCUGAUAGACAUUGAGGCUGAUUCUAUUUGCUCCUAUUGUGAGGAGCAGGAGUAAACGUGGCUGUCCACCUACCUCUAAUAGGAUAUAGAGUCUUCUGGACACAUGCCCAGAAACAGUAUAGCUGCCUCCCUCAUAUGGUGGAUUAUUUUUGCUGUCGGGGUUGCUUUCUUUUUGAAAACUACACUGAUGUCUUAGUGGCUGUGGCUGCACUGGUUCACAUUUCCACGAAUAAGGAGGAUUCCUUCUCUUUCCCACAUUCACAUUUGUUGGCAUCUGGUUGUCUUUUUUCUUUGUUUUUUGAGACGGCCUCUGCUGUAGCCUUGGAACUCUUUGUUGAUUAUGUAGACCAGGCUGACCUUGAACUCAAAGAGAUUUGUGCUUCCCAUGUGCUGGGAUUAAAGGUAUGUUCCACUGUUAUCUUGGCAUCUGUUAGUUUGAUAGCCAUUUUGACUGGGAUAAGAUGUAAUCACUAAGUAGUUUUAAUUUGCAUUUCUCUGAUGGCCAGAGACAUGAAACUCUUAAAGUACUUUUGGUUGUGCUUCUUUUAAAAACUCUCCAGUUCAUUAGCAUGUGUGUGUUCCACGGUUCUUUAUAUAUAUUAGCUCCUUGUCUCUCAAAGUUGUCCAUUGUGUAGGCCAUCUCACCCUACUGAAGCUUCCUUUGCUUUGAAGGAGUUUUUUAAUUUCACGCAAAUAUAUAUGUUAGUACUUGAGGCUGCUUUCUGGGAUGUUGGAAUCUAUUCGGAACAUGCCUGUGCCUACAUUUCCAAGUGCCUUUUCUCUAGCCAUUUCAGCACUGCUUGUUUUAAAUUAAGGUUGUUGGUCCACCUUGAAUUUGUUUUGUUCAAAUUGAGAAAUAGAGCUCCAGCUUAAUUCUUCCGUAGAUAAGUGCACAAUUUUGCCAGCACCAUUUGUUAGGCAGGUUACUCCUGCCCCGGUGUACACUGUUGACAAAACGGGUGGCCACAGCUGUUAUGUUUGUUUGGCUUCUCAUCCUACUCCAUUGAUCUAUAUGUCUGUUUUAGGGUCAGUAUUCUGCUGUUUUUGACACUGGCUCUCUAGUGUAAUUUGAGGCCAGACAAUCAGUACCUCAGGCAGUCUUAGGACUGCUGUGGCUGUCCAUCACUGCAUCCAUAUGAAUUUUAGGAUUUUUUUUUCUACAUCCAUGAAGAGGGUCAAUUGAAAUUUGGGGAGGAGUGCAUUGAAUUUACAGAUUGCUUGUGGUUGUAUAGCUAUGCUCACAAUAUUAACUUCUGUUCUGUGAGCAUGGAAAGUCAUUGCAGGCUUGCCCAAACUGCAGCCUGUGAACCACAGGAACUAAGAAUGACUGGCUAUAGUACAACAAGAAAUCAUCAGCUUACACAAAAUCUGAAAUUAUUUUGAAAUUUGUUUUUGUAACUUAGUUGUGUGGUUCUGAAGUGAAUACUUCAAUGAUGUACUAACAAGUUGAAUAAGCUUGGUAGUAUCUUCCUCAGUUUUAUUGUUUUAAAGCUUUUGCUGGAGGUGUUUUCUUUAGCUCCUUGGUUUGUUUUUUUGUUUUAUCUCUUGUUGUUUUAAGCUUUUGGAAAUGGGGAUAUAAUUUCUUUCUUCAGUGAGUUCAAUAUUAUAUAAACUACUGAAGUUUGGGGAGGUUUGGUUUUUGGUUUUGUUGUUUUUAUUUUUUGUUUGUUUUGCUUUUAAUUUAUGUGUCUGGUAGGGGACAGGUUAUGCAUAUCUUUGGAAGGCAGAGACCAUCAGGUUCUCUAGAGCUGAAGUUCCAGGCACUUGCAAAAUGUCUUAAUGUGAGUGCUGGAAAUGCAGGUGCCCUUCAAGAGCAAUGUGCGUUCUUAUCUCUGAGCCCUCUUCAGCCCCAGCUCUGAGUUUCAGUUCAAGUUUUCUGUUCUGCAACUUUAUUGAAACAAUUACCAGAUCAGCUUCCUGGUUGAGAACGUAAGUCUUAAGUUAAAAAAAAAUCACUUCAAAAUGAAUUUUCACAUAUAUAGAAAUGAAGAAAGUAAAUAUGUAUCUUUCUACUUGUACAAACUAGGAAAACCAGUGCAAACAUCAACAAAUGAGAGCAGCUAAUUACAAGAAUAGGAGAAAGAAAAGUAGAAAAAGUGACAGAAUUUAGAAGAAGGGUUGUUGGGAAUGAUGCUUUUACCACACAUUUCAACUGGUUUUAGACUUAGUGACAUCCACAAGACCUGAGAGUAACACCUAACAAUUCCUGAUGAAAUAAAUUCACUAAGCUGGGGGUUGGGGGGCAUCUUUAAAAAAAUCCCACAAGCAGAAAGUCAUGUCAAAAGAUAACAGCAAUCAAUCUAUAAGUUGGAAGUUUGUACACUCAAGAGAACCCCAUGGCUGGAUCCUUCCUCCUCCUCCUCCUCCUCCUCCUCCUCCUCCUCCUCCUCCUCCUCCUCCUCCUCCUCCUCCUCCUCCUCCUCUUUCUCCCUCCCUCUCUCAUUUUGUUUGUUUUGUUUUUAAGACAGGGUUUCUCUAUAUAUUCCUGGCUGUCCUGGGACUCACUAUAUAGACCAGGUUAGACUGGAACUCAAAGAUCUGCUUCUGCUCACUUCUGCCAUCCUUCCUCACCCUCCGAGCGCUAGGAUAAAGCUUUGAGGCAAGAAUGAAGGAGAGACCAAACUCGACUGAUAUAACAACCACGUCAUCAGAACAGCACUGAAUUUCAACCCCGGGUUUUAUGGCUACUGGACGUUUAGCCAGCACAGCAUGGUCCACUUUGCCCUGCUGGGGUGGAACACUGCAGGAGAGAGAGACAGAGAGAAGCCUACACUCACACCAUCUUCAUGGGCUCCUGGUUUAAAGAUAUUGCAUAGACAGCUAUCUAAUAAAUCUCUACCACUUCUCAUGGGCACACUCUCCAUUAUUCUCACAAGCUGAGAUUUAUCUGGUUGUGUGGUGGACACAAACUGAAGGACAAAAUUCAGUGUCUGAAGACUGAGGCAAGUUUCCACUGGCUGUGGUAAUGAAGAGGAAAUCCUGGAUUGAAAGAGUAUUCUACAAGAGAGAAUGUAACAAAUUCAUACCCAGCUCCAAGGACCCUCACAGAUGCACUCCAGGCUGCCAAAUCUGCCAGAAUUUAGUCAGGUGUUACUGUGGGCGGCUGAUUCAAGAGCACCAGGGGCUAGAUCGUGCCUGGAGCCUCUCAGCCACUGAGGGCAAUGGAAACGAGCAGUGGUCUGUCGAGAAGCACACGGUGAAAAGCCCUACAGAUACCUUCGGCACCAUUAACUUCCAAGAUGGCGAACAUAUCUACCACUCCAAGUACAUUAGAACUUCUUGGGAUACCAAAUCAGAUCAUCUGUUGCACUUAAUGUUGAAAGAGUGGAAUAUGGAGCUGCCGAAGCUUGUGAUCUCUGUUCAUGGGGGUCUUCAGAACUUCAAGAUGCCCUCCAAGCUCAAAGAGACCUUCAGCCAGGGGCUGGUCAAAGCUGCAGAGACCACAGGAGCAUGGAUAAUUACUGAAGGCAUAAACUCAGGAGUGUCCAAGCAUGUUGGGGAUGCCCUAAAAGCCCAUUCCUCUAUGUCUUUGAGGAAAAUCUGGACAGUUGGAAUCCCUCCUUGGGGUGUCAUUGAGAACCAGAGAGAGCUGGUUGGAAAAGAUGUGGUGUGUAUGUACCAGACCCUGAGUAACCCACUGAGCAAGCUCACCACACUCAACUGUAUGCACUCUCACUUCAUCCUGUGUGAUGAUGGGACUGUGGGCAAGUAUGGAAAUGAAGAGAAGCUCAGGCGGAACCUGGAGAAGCAUCUCUCGAUGCAGAAGAUACACACCUGCUCAAGGCAAGGUGUGCCUGUGGUGGGACUGGUGGUGGAAGGAGGCCCCAAUGUCAUCCUCUGGGUAUGGGAGACUGUCAGGAACAAGGAGCCUGUGGUGGUGUGCGAGGGGACCGGCAGAGCUGCUGACCUCCUGGCCUUCACCUACAAACAUUCGGAGGAUGGAGGGAUUCUACGCCCUCAGGUGAAAGAAGAGAUCUUGUGUUUGAUUCAGAACAUGUUCAACUUUAGCCUGAGACAGUCUAAGCACCUUUUCCAAAUUCUAAUGGAGUGCAUGGUUCACAAGGAUUCUAUUACCAUAUUUGAUGCUGAUUCUGAGGAGCACCAGGACCUUGAUUUGGCAAUCCUCAAGGCUUUGCUGAAGGGUACAAGCUUAUCCAUAUCAGAACAGUUAAAUCUGGCAAUGGCUUGGGAUAGAAUGGACAUUGCCAAAAAACAUAUCCUAAUUUACGGACAACAUUGGAAGCCUGGUGCUCUGGAACAAGCAAUGCGAGAUGCCUUAGUGAUGGAUCGAGUGGACUUCGUGAAGCUCUUGAUAGAGAAUGGGGUGAACCUACACCGCUUCCUCACCAUCUCCCGGCUGGAAGAUCUCUAUAACACAAAACAAGGACCAACGAAUAAGUUUUUGCGUCAUCUUGUCCAAGAUGUAAAGCAGCAUACCCUUCUCUCGAGCUACAGAAUAACACUCAUCGACAUUGGGCUGGUAAUAGAGUACCUCAUUGGUGGAGCGUAUCGAAGCAGCUACACUAGGAAAAGUUUCAGAGUUCUCUACAACGACCUCUACAGAAAACACAAGGGUAUGACUAGCUUUGCUCAGGGUCUUUCCCAGCACCCUCUUCAUCAGAGACAUUCAUUAGGAAAUAGAAAGGAGUCUUCGGAAAGCACACUGCACUCCCAGUUCUUCAGGACGGCCCAGCCCUACAAAUCCAAGGACAAGCCUGAAGACUCUCAUAAACCAAAGAAGAAGUCCAAGGAAAGACACAGCCUGUCAGAGGACCCCGGGUCUGCUGGCUUUAUCUACCCAUACAAUGACCUGCUGGUGUGGGCGGUGCUCAUGAAGAGACAGAAGAUGGCCAUGUUCUUCUGGCAGCAUGGAGAGGAGGCCACAGUCAAGGCGGUCAUUGCUAGCAUCCUCUACAGAGCCAUGGCCCGGGAAGCUAAGGAGAGCAACAUGGUAGAUGAUACUUCAGAAGAGUUGAAGAAGUACUCAGAGCAGUUUGGCCAGCUCGCCCUGGAUGUAUUAGAGAAAGCCUUCAAGCAGAACGAGCCGAUGGCCAUGAAGCUGUUGACCUAUGAACUCAAGAACUGGAGCAAUUCUACCUGCUUGAAACUGGCAGUGUCUGGAGGCCUGCGCCCUUUUGUGUCACAUUCUUGUACCCAAAUGCUGCUGACAGACAUGUGGAUGGGGCGUUUGAAAAUGAGGAAAAACUCCUGGCUGAAGAUAAUCAUCAGCAUCCUCUUACCACCCAUGAUUUUGACGUUGGAAUUUAAAAGCAAAGCGGAGAUGUCACAUGUCCCACAGUCCCAGGAUUUCCAGUUUACAUGGAAUUACAGUGACCAGGGUCUGAGUAACACCAAAGAAGCGAAAGACUACGAUUUGGAAAGAGGCCCUGAUGAGAAACUGGAUGAAGCUCUGCAUUUAGACUUAAGAAAUGUGCCCCAGAGCCUUCCCUGGACCAGAAGAGUCUACGAGUUCUACAGUGCUCCGUUUGUCAAGUUCUGGUUCUACACGAUGGCUUAUUUGGCAUUCCUCAUGCUGUUCACUUACACAGUGUUGGUGGAGAUGCAGCCCCAACCCAGCGUGCAAGAGUGGCUUGUCAUCAUCUACAUCUUCACCAAUGCUAUUGAGAAGGUCAGGGAGAUCUGCAUUUCAGAACCAAGCAAGUUUACUCAGAAGGUGAAGAUGUGGCUCAGUGAGUACUGGAACCUGAUGGAAACUGUGGCUAUUGGCCUGUUUGCCGUUGGCUUUGGCCUACGGUGGGGACAUCCACCUUUGCAUACUGCAGGGAGACUCAUCUACUGCAUAGACAUCAUAUUUUGGUUUUCUCGGCUCCUGGAUUUCUUUGCUGUGAAUCAACAUGCAGGUCCAUAUGUGACCAUGAUUGCAAAAAUGGCAGCAAACAUGUUCUACAUUGUGAUCAUCAUGGCCAUUGUUCUGCUGAGCUUUGGCGUGGCACGCAAAGCCAUCCUGUCACCAAAGGAGCCUCCUUCAUGGCGCCUGGCUCGUGAUAUUGUAUUCGAGCCAUAUUGGAUGAUGUAUGGAGAAGUCUAUGCUUCAGAGAUAGAUGUUUGUUCAAAUGAGACAUCUUGCCCUCCGGGUUCUUUCCUGACUCCAUUCCUGCAAGCCGUCUACCUCUUUGUGCAAUAUAUCAUCAUGGUGAACUUGCUGAUUGCCUGUUUCAACAACAUUUACUUAGACAUAAAAUCCAUCUCAAACAAGCUCUGGAAAUACAACCGCUAUCGCUACAUCAUGACCUACCACCAGAAGCCCUGGCUGCCCCCACCCUUCAUCCUGAUAAGUCACCUGUGCCUGCUCCUCCGAGGACUGUGCUGUCGCCCAGCGCCACAGGACCAGGAAGAGGGUGACAUGGGGCUAAAACUCUACCUCACUAAGGAUGACUUGAAAAAGCUUCAUGAUUUUGAAGAGCAGUGUGUGGAAAAAUAUUUCCAUGAGAAGACGGAAGGUCUGAAUUGUAGUUGUGAGGAACAGAUCCGAGCGACAUCCGAAAGGGUAUCAGAGAUGUUCUUCCAACUGAAAGAAAUGAAUGAAAAAGUGUCUUUUAUAAAGGACUCUCUACUAUCCCUGGACAGCCAGGUGGGACACCUACAGGAUCUCUCUGCCUUGACCGUUGACACCUUGAAGGUCCUUUCUGCUGUUGACACCUUGCAAGAAGACGAGAUUCUGCUGGCCAACAGAAAACAUUCUACUUGCAGAAAACGUCCCCACAGCUGGACCAAUGUCAUCUGUGCAAAGGUUCUGACUGACAUGGAGAGCUGUGGGAAGCAGAAAUUUCAGUACUAUAGCAUGCCCCCUUCUUUGCUGAGGAGCCUUGCUAGAAGCCAGCUUCCCCCAGGAGUGCAAAGGGGUGCCCUUGUAGAGGUUACACACAAUACGAGAGAGGCCUCACAUGUAAGAGAAGACCAGAAGGAACGAGAAGUGGAACAGAGAACAAUCGCUUCUGGGGUUUCCCAUGUCAGACAAGCACACUCUAAGUAUGGUCAGUUUCUCCUGGUCCCACCUUCUGAAAAGCAAGUUUCUUUGUCUCUGGAAAACCCCCCACAUCUUUUCAGAGCCUCUGGGGAGACAGGUACAGAUGAUGUGGCAUUGCAACAUAGACACCCAAGUGACGUCACCAUCCACUUGCCUGGGCAAACUCCUGCUGUCUCCCACCAGGCAUUGGGAGCAGAACACAAAGAUCAACAUGAGGCAGUUAUACAGAUGUCAGGCAAACCUGACAAGGCAGAACAAGACUCACUCAAAUUCAGUGGCACACCUGCUCCCAUGGCAGUGACUUCUCUUCCUUCAAGAGCCAUCAGCAUGCAAGAUGAAGGUGGAUAUGUGAACUGGGCAUUUUCAGAAAGUGAUGAAGCAGGUGUGUUUAGUUUUAAAAAGAAGUGGAAAACUUGCUUGGCUUCCACUUGCGACAGUGGCUCCAAACCAGGUGGAGACUGCUCCCUCCAGGCUGCAGGCAGGUCCGGGCUGGAUAACUCAAGACUGGCCCAGAGUUGUGAGUGGCCAGCAGGACCGUGGACCCAGGCAAGAAGAUCCUUUUGGAUCAAUCCUCUCUGCAGAGAUAAACCUCUCCUUAAGAGUCAUAGUUUUAGAUUCCACAAGGAGGAGAAACUGAGGAAGACCUGGAAGAACAACAGCCAUUCAAAAGCCUCAGAGACUGGGUCAACAUGGCUCAAAGCAAAGCUGCUAACCAAGAAUAGGAGUCUGUCAAAGAAAAGGAGGAAGGCCCAGGGACUCCAGGUGCCGGUGAUAACAGUCAAUGCCUGCUAUCAAAGUGACCAAUUGACUUCAGAGUCCGGAGAAACAAACACCACUGAAGACUACAGCAAGAACUGGCUUUCCGUGUCCAACUUCAGCCAGAUAGGUUUAGAACCUUAUAUAUACCAGAAAAUGAAAAUGAAGGAAAUCGAACGACAUACUACUCAAGCCAGUUACCACCUAAGGCAGAUGCAAGAGGACCCGGAUAAAAACCCCUCAUGGAAUUCCAGGAGCGCCAGCGUCAGCAGGAGUUUUCUAACAAGAAGCCCAAAUGAAGUUGACAAGAUCUCAGCCUCUUUAAAAAGCCCUCCAGAGCCUCACCGCCAUUAUUCAGCCAUUGAAAGGAAUAAUUUAAUGAGACUGUCUCAGACCAUACCGUUUACACCAAUCCAGCUGUUCACAGGAGAGGAAGUGACCAUCUACAAGCUUGAAGAGACUUCCCCUCUGACCCUUGAUAAGAGCAUGUCCUCUUGGUCCCAGCAUGGUAGAGCUGCCAUAAUCCAGGUGCUGUCACAAGAGGAGAUGGAUGGGGGCCUCCGCAAAGCCAUGCGCGUUAUCAGCACCUGGUCUGAGGAUGACGUUCUCAAGCCCGGGCAGGUUUUCAUUGUGAAGUCUUUUCUCCCCGAGGUCGUGCAGACAUGGUAUAAAAUCUUCCAGGAGAGCACUGUGCUUCACCUUUGCCUUAGGGAAAUUCAACAGCAAAGAGCUGCCCAAAAACUCAUCUAUACCUUCAACCAAGUAAAACCACAAACCAUUCCCUAUACACCAAGAUUUCUUGAGGUUUCCUUGGUCUACUGCCAUUCAGCUAACCAAUGGUUAACCAUUGAGAAGUACAUGACAGGGGAGUUCCGGAAAUACAAUAACAACAAUGGCGAUGAAAUUGCCCCCACCAACACCCUGGAAGAACUGAUGUUGGCUUUCUCUCACUGGACCUAUGAGUAUACCCGGGGAGAGCUGCUGGUUUUAGAUUUGCAAGGUGUUGGAGAAAAUUUGACAGAUCCAUCUGUUAUAAAACCGGAAGAUAAACAAUCAAGAGGGAUGGUGUUUGGACCGGCCAAUUUAGGGGAAGAUGCAAUUAGAAGCUUCAUUGCAAAACAUCGCUGCAACUCCUGCUGUGGGAAGCUCAGGCUGCCGGAUUUAAAAAGGAAUGACUACUCCCAUGCAAGGGCACAUUGCAACUUGGAACUUGCAAAAACCACUGAACCAGCUGAGGAACAUCCAGAAAGAGACAGAAAUAGAAGUCCCCUGGAAGAUCACACACGCCUUUAAAAAGGAAGAUGAAGGAAGAUGAUGGUCCCUUAGCUCCUUCUGCCAUGAUUUCUGUGGUAAUAGACAUAGACUGACACGAUCCUGACUAUGCCAGAAUCUCUGUCACGAUGACUUUACAGUGUGGACCUCCCUGGAGGUACCCUCUGAGCCUCAUCUCUCACUGCCCGGCAGAGGGCACCGUGUCUAAUGGAGGGACCCUCCUGGAUACUGACUUCUGAGAAGAAUGUGUGGCAUACACUCUCCUCUCCCGGUUCUGCAUGAAGAUACUAGAUGAGUCCGUUGGGAAGACUUUCCUUUAUACCUCAUUGCGUCAGCUGCCCACUUGGAGUAGAAUGCUGUGUACUAAAGAACCAGGGAAUAAAUUAAUUUAUUUUCUCAC